AUGCCGACCACGUCGCUUUGUCGACUGCUCCAAUGCAUGCUGCUGGCAGCCAUCGGCGCUCAGCUGGUCUGGUGCGCUGGCGACUCCAAUGGCCAUCAAGAUGCCGGCCUAUCCUUCGCCGAAAAGUUUCAUCUCAGUAAUCCGUUCACGGGCGAGACCUGGUCCGAGUCCGACUACAACCGCCUCCUAGAUCAAGCUUCCUCGCAGAUCGACGGUCCAGAAUUGUAUGAGAAGAAGUGGCAAAAGUUCCGAAGAAUUGGAUCCGACAUGUUGCGAGCUGCCGGAAGCGUCGCAACGCCUGCAGACCUCGUUCGACAUCGUCAGUAUCUCGACUACGUCUCGCCGGAAGAUGGCAAGCACACACGCACCAUCUUCCUCAAGAUGGGAGACGUGCUGCCUUCGAAUCCGAUGGGUGUCUACAAUCCGGACGUGCUCGUCUUCAUGCAUUCCGUCCAAGUUCUCCGCGAUACCGAUGCUAUGUAUCAUCUCGAGCCCAGAUACGUGCUGCGCGGCUCGCCUCAAGGCACGAGGCAUUCGAUCGAUGGCAUGCCUGGACAUCAGAUCGUCUGGCAGAAACGGACAACGUUCAAAAAGAGCUACACCUGGCUCGACGAGCUUCCUGAUCUGUUCCAGUGGCCAGCGCUCGAGUCGGUCGAACGACUUGGCUAUGAUCCCAGAACAGUCGAGAGGCAGCUGGCUCGCUUACCACAAGAAGCCGACAACAGCCUCUAUGCGCCUGCGCGGGCCGCGCGGAUGGCCAACAUCUUGGAACAAAGUCGACGAUACUUGACGCAGUUCGCAUCUUCGAGAAGCGGAGACAAUCUCGUAUGGUACAGUCUCAUGUUGAACCCGGUCGACGGUGAAACCCGACUGCCAUGGUUUGAGACUCCCAUGUUCGAGCACUUUGAUCUCAACAGUGGGCACGUCGAGCUCAAGCUGUACACGUUUGAGGGCCGGAAAGCCGCGGUGCUGGAUCGCUUCAUGUACGUGAUGGCCGAAAGCCGUCAGGGUCGAGCUCGCCUCGUACCGCGGGCCGUCGUACGACCAACGCAGCUGUACCCGGCACCGCGCUUCGAGACGGUGUACACCGUUCCGCUCAGUCUCCAGGAAGCCGCGAGCGUGCAGCUGUCAUACGUUCCGCACCUCACGCGCCCUGUGCCGAGGGGAGAACCGCACCACCCCCUGCAGGCGAUGAUGAGUAGGAAAAGGCCCAUAGGUCACCCUCUCGACUUGCUUCAUAGCGGUACUGUGCCCACAGAUCUUGAAGAGGACGACGUUUUUGCGGCAAAGAAAGCAGUAAGGCUAGACGCAUCGACCUACGGCGAAUCUUCUUCACGAUUGGCUUUUGUAAACGUGGACGCGCACGAUCGAGGCUCGACUCGAGCUCCCAAGAUGGUUUCCUUGAACAGUCUUCCAUUAGCUCCCGUCAGUAAUACGCAGAGGGCUCCGGCUGACGUCAGGAAGAUUCCGAAAGCGACGGAGGACUCAGAGCUCAUCUUCCCCGAGAGCCCGAGAUUGGUGCCAGGGCUCGAGACGCCAUCACCCCCGCCCACGAACACCUUUCGACGACCUCAGGCUCUCAGCAUGCACCAUCCAGCAAUUUCGGAUGCGCAGCCGGCAGCGGAGCCGCCGAGAUUCGAGCAUCGUCCGUCAUGGAAGGCUCCACCGCCCCAACAGCAACCCCAGUACUUUCACUACCGUCCCGGCGAAGCGAACCCCUACGAAAUUCCGCGCGACAACCCGAUGGAUGUCUUGACGGCGCACCUGAAUCCUCGGCUCGAGGAUGGCUUCCACUUCCAUCGUCCUUGA